AUGUUGGCCGUGUUGCUGAAGGAGCAUCAACAAAAGCAGGAGCUUCUCAAACAAGAAAAUGAGGUGAGGCGAAAAAAGGCGGUGACGUCUGUGGACAAGGUGUCGGCGUGCAUGGUGGACUCGGUGAACAUCGGCGUCUCCAAGGUCUUCACCAACCAGAAGAAGAUCGAAGUGCAGGCCGUGCAGCUCCAGACCCAGACCGAACGCUUCUCCAAGCAAACCGCCCAGUGGCUCCAGCUCAUCGAGGGCUUCAACCAGUCUCUCAAGGAGAUCGGCGACAUUGAGAGCUGGGCGCGGACGAUCGAGGCCGACAUGCGGCAGAUCGCGGCCAACCUCGAGUACGUGCACAGGAACACGGCCAUGGAGGAGGCCACGGCAGCCGGCAAAUGA